AUCGGUAUUGUCAAAAUGAUAACAUAAUACUUAACAAAGAAUUUAGGAAUUGCAAAGUGGUGGAAUUAGUAACAAUAUCUUUAUCAUUGUCUGUAAUUUAUAGAUAAACGAAGCAGCCGUUUGCUUAAGCAAGCAAUGUAUCGCGAAAGUAUAUCCUUUAUUGCGUUGCGGUGUGUAUGACUGAUAAUUGAUGUAUACUCGGUGAAUAAUUAAUAAACUUGUGUAAUUAAUAUAAUGCAUCGGUGACAGUGUUUUUAGGAGUUUCGUAAUAUUAUUUAUAUUUUCAUGGGUUGUGCUGUGUCAAGUGUUCAGAGAGCAACGAUGACGUUGUUACACAAAAAUACCAACGACGCGCGAGCUAAAUUGGAGCGGAAAUUGUACUUGGCUAAGGAAUCACCUGAGCCAGACUUUGAUCUAUCUGAUUGCGAGCUACGACAAUUACCAUCUGGAAUAUUUUCCAUUUGUAAAGUGUUCAGGAAAGAUAAUCUAUAUUUACAAAAUAACUAUUUACGAACAUUGGACCAUGGAGGUUUGUUAACAGAUUUACACCUCAUUAAGAUUAUCGAUUUAAGCUGCAAUAGGUUUAGUCAUUUGUCUAAUGACAUAAGAUACUUAGUUAACAUCACGGAACUACAUUUACAACAUAAUCAGCUAAAAGCAAUACCAGAUGGUAUAAAAUAUUUGGAAAACUUAAGAAUAUUGGAUGUUUCAAAUAAUAAAUUGACCAAUCUGACACCGUCAAUAGGUAGUUUAAAGGCUUUAAAUUAUUUAAAUUUACGUCAGAAUGAGGACUUGACUGAAUUAUGUCCGGAAAUUUGUUUAGCUCGUAAUUUAGGACAAAUAGAUCUUGAUGGAGAUCAGUUUACAUUCCCGCCUUCGGAAAUAACAUGCAGAGAUACCAAAGCGAUAAUGAUGUUUUUAUGUGAAUCAAUAAAUAUAGAGUAUAUACCUCCUUUAGUAACAGAGACUGAAGACUUACAAGUUCGUGAAAUACAUAAAAGUCACAAUCCUUUUAUUAGGCAAAAUACUGUGACAUGGGAGGAGCAAGAGGCGGCUAUAAUUGAACAAGAGAGAAAGAUACAUAAAGCAAAUCAGGAACAAAGAGACAAGUUCUUAUCAGAGAUUAUUCAGGACCAAAUAAACCUAGACACAGAAAUAGCUAAAGUCCAUGAAGUGAGGGAAGUUGAAAGGCAGAGGUUAAUAAAAGCAAUACAGGAUAAUGAAAAAGAUAUUGAUAUAACAGUAAAGAACUUCAUUCAAUCGGAUGGUCUUAAGCCAGAAGUUAUACAACAACAACUGGCUUAUGAAAAAGCAGAGCAUGAUAGGCUUCUUGAAUUAACUAGACAGAACUAUGAUAAUAUUAAAAAAUCUGAAGUUUUAAAGGCAAUGGAAAAUCUUAUGAAUGAUGAAAAUUCAGUUCAAUACUUUUUGAAAGGUUAUAAAGAUAAUUUAAAUAAUAUCAAAGAAAAUAUAAUAAUACAAGAAUCAGAGAGUAAUUCAAAACUGUCAGAAUUUUUAAAUGCUAAAGAUAACUCACGGACAGUUUUAGUUCAACAACUUUUGGAAGAUGAGGAUAUUCAAAAAGCACUUGUCACAUCGUUACUGGAAAAAGUUGAUGCAAAGACGUGGAGCUUGAACGAGGAAAUAUCAUUAAUUUCGUCACAUCUUGCUAAACUAAGUGUUAUUGAACAAGAAAAGAAAAAAUUACACAUCACAUAUAAUUAUAAUGAAUUGCUAGAACAAAGGGUGCAACUUGUUAAUUUAUUAGAUGAUUUGUAUGCUCAAAGAAACAAACGAAGGAAGCAACUUAUUGAAACUAUAAAGGAAGCUGAGAUUGAAAACAAUACCAGCAAAGAUUUCUGGUUGAAAAACUAUCAGAAGCUUAUUGAUUCAGCACCUAAAAACUUGCUAAAUGUGAGUAAACAUUUGGACCCAAUAUUAGCAAAUUACCUUUUACAAGAAAGUGUUAUACAUUGCUUACCAUUUUUGGUGAAAUUUUUAUUUUCUGGUGAAUUUUUGGGUAAUAUAACUUCAGAAAAGUUGAAAGAAAGUGGUGUAACACUUUCAGUUGAUAGAGAUGGGAUAAUGAGGGCUAUAAACCUCUAUAUAAAUGUAAAAUUAUCUAAUGGCAAUCAAGAAAUAUUGAUCAGGGAUAAAAACAAUUUCCAACCUACUGCUCCUUUAGAUGUUGAGGACCAAGCAUGUUCAGGAGUGCUGACUGUGAAAGAAGAACAAAAUGAAUUGGAAGGGGAAUGUGUAAUAUGUAUGGACGCUAGAUCGGAGAUAGUUUUUGUACCUUGUGGCCAUAUGUGUUGUUGUGAAAGAUGUUCUAUUACUGAAAUUGAAUUGUGUCCUAUGUGUAGGACAGAGGUGGAAAGAAAAAUCAAAGUUUUGAUAGCAUGAUUUGAGUGAUCAGUUAAAUUUAUUAAAAUUUGCUCAUUUCUAGAAUUUAAGAAGUCGUUCCCUGGAUUAUAUUUUCACUAAUCAGGUUUUAACACAUUUUUGAUUGUGUUUGAAAAUUGAGUGUUAAAAUUUUGCUAUGCUAUUUAUACAGUUUGCUAAAAGCACAUAACUUUUAAACAUUUGAUGUAAUAAGAGACUAUGUUGAAGACAUUGGUUUGUAAUAUAAAUAAUUAUUUGUGUAUGUAUGCAUUUUUAUAUUUGUUAAAUACCUUACUAUUGGACCUAAAUAUAGACAUAGAAUUUUUGAUCAAUGACACUAGUGUCGUAAGUUUUAUAAACUACAUUAUGAUUGACUUACAAUAUAAACCAAAUAUAAAAAUUGUUAAAUAAAGAUACACUAUAACCUGUUUUGCUACUAUUAUAAAAUGCAAAUUUGCUGAUUUUGCUUCGAAAUUUUUGUAAGAUAAAGUUAAUCUUGUGCCUUCAUUUGUAUUGUUUACUUUCUAUGAUGUCGACAGUUUUGAUACAUUCCAUUCGGUAUAUUUUAUUCCAUUCGAACAGUGCAAUGUUGCUAUUUAAUAAUAUUUACUGUGUAACAACACUAUCAAUAAUAUUGUAGUAUUUUUUUUGUAAUGGGAAAUACUAACAUAACGUUUAUCAUGAUAUUGAUUGUUGUUUGUCUUGGAUUUAAUGUCUACUUAGUGAUGAUAGAAAAAGGUUGUUAUUCAAGGUUAUUUUUCCCUGUCAUGUGGCAGUAACCACUAUGUUAAUCUUUCAACCUCAGCAUUAUUUACCCUUAAUUUUAUUGAAAAAAGUAGUGUGAGAGAGAGUGUGUUCAUAUAUAUCGUAAAUUUGUUUUUUCUAUAUUUUCGUAUAUGUAUAAAUAUUUGAAGAACCUAGUGCCUGAAGUUUACCAGGUUUUCUGGUUUUUAACAAAAAUAAAAUUCAAGUGAAAUAUUUCUAAGUGAUAUUUGUAUGUUUGUUGUUGACAAGAACUGCGCACUAAAUUAUACUUGUCACUUAAUGGCUGUGAAUUAUUGAGUCAAUUUUCUAACUCAUUUGCUUGUAUUAACAUGGAACUAAUUUAUUUAAAAAACCUUUUAAUCGUAAUGCUUUAAUUUAUUUUUCUAUUUUCAGUUUCAGUAUUAUGUUUCGUUAGUAUUAAAUUCAUUUAAUUUCUUGUAAAUUGUAAACUAUAAAUACAUUUAGGGACAAAGGAUGGAGGAGGACAAAAGUCAAAAUACACGCUUUUCAAGACCUUAUUGUUCUUCUGUUAACAAAUAGGUGCAUUAUCAAAGUCACUAAAUGUUAAUACAUUUCUGCAAUUAUUGUAAUUGAAUUAAAUCUACCAUAUACCGAACAACUAGUUUUUUAGUUAUACCAAUGUUAUAUCUUUUUAAUAUCUACAUUCAGUGCCAUGAUUUCUUUAUUUUAUUUUAACACAGUAUUGUGAGUAUUAAUUGAUUAAUAUCCUUUUAUGAAAAUAAUAUAUUCGUUUUUCUGGUUUGAACCAAAUUUUAACAUGUUUAAAAAAUAAUUGCUUUUAAUUAAGUGCUGUAAUUGAAUUUU